GACCUCUACUUCACGUACCAGGACUUCACACACGACGUCAACAACAACGACAACGGUGGGGACCUGUCUGUGGACCUCCUCAACGAUGGCAAUGGCUGGGAGUGGAGGGUUGACAUGCGCAAGCAGGGAGAAGGAAAUGAUUGGUUCUUCAUCAGCCACUGCUCAGACUUUGCGUUCACCUCCUGCGAAGUGUGGUGUCUCGAGCCGGGAGCAACAUACGAUGUUCGAGUUCAGCUGGCAUCAACAGUGCCAGAAUUGAUGAUAUAUGACAUCUUCCUGAGCGUGGUCCGUGUGCCUUAUGUGCGAGCAGGUAUGCCGGAGGACCGAGCCUGCAGGUAG